GUGUGUGUGACGGUGUGUGUGUGUAUGUGUGUGUGUUGCCAGUAUGUACGUGUGGGCCUGGCUGCUGGUGCUGGGCUUGUGUGACGGUGUGACGGGGCAGGACACACUGCUGCAUCCGGAGUCACUGCUGUCUGAGGAGGAGCCAGUCGAGGAGUACCCUGACGUGGAGGUGUUGUGGGGGGAGACGCCAAUCCUGAGGAACCAGACGCAGGUCAUCAUCUCUCUACUGCAGCAGCGCCUGGGUCAUCAGUGUCUCAGACCAGAGCAUGUGCUGUCAGUCCUGGGGGAUGAUGGGAAGGGUGACAUGAGUCUGGAGGACUACCAGCGGAUAUCUACGGUGCUUUUGUGCUACAUCAUCAACAUGCGCCACCUGUGUCUGGACCCGCCCUCCCCGCCUCAGCCCCUCCCCCACUGCCUCCGAGCUCUCGCUAGGCUCCACCCACAGGAGGAUCACCGCUUUCUCUCAUCCAAUGAGACUGAGAGCAUCCUACUGACUCUCAACCAGGACUACCAAUCAGCUGCUCUACCAAAACAGAGCCACGCCCCCUCACACACACAGGCUCACUCCCAUGCUGUCACCCUUGAGCUAAAAAGUAAUGGUGAGAGUCAGAGGGGAAAGUCCAUCUCCACCGUGCAAUUGGGGUCUACAGAGGAGGCAGAAUGCCCAGACACUCCACCAGAGGAAGCUCCUACCCAGAGUGCACCACGCAGGCGGGGAGUUCCGUUGCUGGCAGUCAUGGUGAUUGUUGGCGACAGCCUACAUAACCUUGCAGAUGGCCUGGUGAUCGGAGCAGCUUUCUCUUCGUCUACAGAAGUUGGCAUGACAACCACACUGGCCAUCCUUUGCCAUGAGAUUCCCCACGAAAUGGGUGACUUUGCUGUCUUGCUGGCGUCUGGUUUGUCAGUAAAGUGGGCGGUGCUUAUGAAUCUGCUCUCCGCCCUCACUGCGUUUAUUGGCCUGUUUAUUGGACUCUUCGUUUCCACGGAGACGGAGGUGCAGCAGUGGAUUUUCAGUGUUACAGCAGGGAUCUUCCUCUACCUGUCCCUGGUGGAGAUGUUGCCAGAGAUGUCACGGAUGUGCUCCUCUCGCCCCGGUCUGCUGUUUCCUGCUGCAGAAUGUGGGACUGCUGUUGGGAUGGACCUGCCUUCUGCUGCUGGCUCUGUUUGAGGAGCAUCUCAGCUUCUGACACACACACACAUGCACACACACACACACAUGCACACACACACACACACA